AUGAAGGGGGUCCGUGUACCCCCCCUCGCAUUGUGCGCUGGCGUCGUGUUCUGUGCAUUCUAUACUCUUUUGGAUUAUUUGGACGGCGAUAUCCCUUCGGCGCUCGUGGCUUCUGCUGCGGCGGAUUCGAGCGCACAGCCUUUUGGGUCGGUGUUGUUCGAAGAAGGGGACGAUGUCGUCGAGGCGUCGCCGAUUGCCGGAGAAGAGGCCUCAGGCACGGAUGGCAGGCAGGGACCAAGCGAUGAGCGUUUGAACCGGAGUCGGUCGGGUCGCCGCUCCACUCGGCGCAAUAAGAGAGCGCUGUCGAAGGCUUUGUUGAUUCCGGCGUUGCUUCUGUCUGUCGCUGGAGCUCUGUUUGGCUACCACACCUCUGCAGGCAAGCCUGAGGGAAAGGCGGUUGAGGAGUUGGCUGACCGUAUACCGGAGACGCCUGUUUCCGAGAGUUCGGAAUCCGAAGAGGUCGCCGACCCUACCCCGGAGUCUCCUCUUCCCGAGAGUCCGGAAUCUGGAGAGGUCGCCGACCCUUCCCCGGAGACGCCUGUUCCCGAGGGUCUAGAACCUGAGGAAGGUCCGGCUACGGGGGUGCCUCCGGCACCGGCAGUGCGUCAGGCGCCUGCCGCGCCUCCUCUCCUCUCUACGCUCUUGCCUGCGGCAGAGGCUGCAGCGGCGGUGGAGCAGUACAAAAAAAAUAUUAUGCUGGUGUCUUCCGCUCUGGUUGGUCUGGCUUUUCUGUUUAUCUCUUCUCGUUAUUGUUCAUCUUCUCCAGGUAUCGUGCCUUCUCGGGAUCUCGAGAAACUCACAUCUGCAGUUGACAAGGAGCCUACGGAGGUCUUACCCCCAGGUGACCAGGAGUCUGCGGAUGUCUUGCCCUCAGUUGACCAGGAGGCUGUCGAACACCCGCCUUCCGUCGUCGACGAGGUGGCUGUAGGAGUCCUGCCUCCCACUGCUCGGCCUGCAGAGCUUGAGAUGUCCGAAGCUCCUGUCAGUCAACGCACGAAGAUUGCCCUUGAUAUGGUAGGACCCGAUGCAGCGCGUGUCGUUCCCGAACGCAUGGUCAAUCGCCCAGGCGGUAGCCACCGAGAGGGGGAGUAG